AUGGAAACAAGAUCAAGAUUUAAAACCUUCGCCGAUAAGGUCGCCGUCGAGUCUGAACCUGGCUUGACGAGCACGCAGCUUAUGCUUACGAACCAUGAUCUCAAACCUGUCGAGAAGGAGCGCCGACAAUGGGGUCCUUGGAACUUUGUCGGUUUCUGGAUCGCCGAUUCUUUCAACAUCAACACCUGGAUGAUCUCGUCAGCCAUGAUCGUCAACGGACUUUCGUGGUGGCAGGCCUGGCUUUGUGUCUGGAUCGGUUACAGUAUUACUGGUAUCUUUGUCGCCAUUAACGCGCGACCAGGUGCCGUCUACCACAUCAGUUUCCCCGUCAUCAACAGAAGCUCUUUUGGUAUCUGGGGUGCAUUGUGGCCUGUUUUGAACCGUGCUGCUAUGGCUUGCGUCUGGUAUGGAGUUCAAGCCUACAUUGGCGGAAACUGUGUCUAUCUCAUGAUUCGAUCCAUCUGGAAGUCAUGGGAAAACGUCCCCAACUCAUUCAGCAAGGAUGCUGGCACAGACACCGCUCACUUCGCUUCCUUUAUCAUCUUCUGGAUUUGCUCUCUGCCAGCACUCUGGUUCCCUGUUCACCAACUCCGACACCUGUUCACAGCCAAGGCCUACGUUGUUCCCGUUGCCGGAAUCACUUUCCUCGCCUGGACUAUCUCGCGUGCUGGUGGCAUUGGUCCCAUCAUUAAGCAGCCCAACACUGUUCACGGCGGCGACCUAGCUUGGGAAAUUGUCAAAGGUAUCAUGUCAUCGAUUUCCAACUUUGCCACACUCAUCGUCAACGCCAGCGAUUUUUCUCGAUUUGCACAAAAGCCCAAAGACGCCUUAUGGUCACAGCUAAUUACCAUUCCUUUCGGCUUUGCCAUUACCUCUUUUAUCGGAAUCAUUGUCUCUUCUGCUUCUACUACCCUAUAUGGAAAAGCUAUCUGGAACCCCCUUGACUUGCUUGACGAGUUUAUAAACGACGGAAACUCUGCUGAACGCUUCGGUGUCUUCUUCAUUGCAUCGUCGUUUACACUAGCUCAGCUCGGAACCAAUCUUGCAGCGAACAGCGUCUCAGCAGGAAACGAUUUGACUGCUCUUCUUCCCCGUUGGAUCAAUAUUCGACGUGGAAGUUAUAUUUGUGCCUGUUUGGGCCUUGUGAUCUGCCCCUGGCAGCUUCUUAAGGACAGCAACCAGUUCACGACAUAUCUCUCGGCCUACAGCGUCUUCCUGAGCUCUAUCGCUGGUGUUAUGAUUUGCGACUACUACAUCGUUCGUAAGGGUUACCUUGAUGCGAAGGAGCUCUAUGAUGCUCGCAAGGAGGGCCCAUACUACUACACCGCUGGCUUCAACUGGCGCGGUUAUGCUGCAUACAUUUGUGGAAUCGUUAUCAACGUCGUUGGUUUUGCCGAUGCAGUUGGCGCAAAGAACGUUCCUAUUGGUGCCGUUCACGUUUACCAGCUCAACUACUUCUGCGGCUUUGGCGUAUCCAUGCUUGUCUACUAUGCUCUGUGCAAACUUUCGCCAGUGCCUGCGACUAGCGACCGCUGGAUGGAAGUUGGGGAUGAGAUUGACGACCUCCGAUUGGCUUAUAAUUCCAGAAGCCCUUCUUACGACGAGGAGAAUGCGACAGGGGAGCCAUCAAAGGCUGCUGAGGAUACGAAACAUUUCUAG